UACCAAUUAAACCGUAACCGGCUCCGCUAUUGCACGCGUCAAAGCACGGAUGUCUUUUACAUUUUAAUCUGAUACGAGCCUAUGGAUAGCGUCAGGCGCAGUCUGGCUCUAAGUUUUAGGCAUCACUUUUGAAAAGUCCAGGACAGGCUGGCACCUACAACUAUAUUUCACGGAUUUCAGGGUUGCGUUGCGACAUGCGCUUGUGUCGCAACACGACAGGCGUAUCGGUUUCCCACGCACUCCAGAUUUUUUGGUUCCCGGAUCUGUACUCCGAUCCGAUCUUUUUUCGAUUUUGAGAUGCUGAAUCCUGGGACCCUGAUUGUUGAAUAUCCUACCCUUCAAGUCUUCUUUCCCUAACCCUCACUUCGACUUCGCUGGCGUUGCUGCCAUGACCAGUCCUAUUGCGAUUACACAUGGACCAGCCCUAGUGGGGAUUUUCCUUGCAUGUAUACUCUACGGCAUAAUGCUGCUCCAGUGUUUUUCAUUCUGGACACAUUUCUCAAAAGACAGAGUAUGGCUUAAAUGCUACGUUGGGCUCCUGCUUUUCACCGAUACAUUAAGUACGAUAUUUGCAAUGUGGUGGAUAUACAAUCUGCUCGUAAACAAUUUCGAGAACCUCACUGCAUUUGCUAAUGCCGAUUGGCUUCUUGCGGCUGACCCUCCCCUCGUUGGUAUCACGGGGACGUUUUGCCAGCUUUUCUUUGCAUGGCGGAUAAAAGUGUUGACAGGCAAGUUGUGGCUUACUGCCAUUGUCGUCACGUUGUCUAUUAUUUCUGGGCUUUCCGCCAUUGGAUCUGGUAUCGCUGUUUCGUGGGUCGUCAAGCUAGCGGAUUUUACCAAAUUCGAAUCCAUCGGAUGCCUGUGGUUGGCCACAACGGCUGCCGUUGAUAUCCUUAUUACCGUUAUAAUGUCACUGAAUCUUAACCAACGACGAACCGGGUUCAGAGCGACGGAUAAAAUGCUCAAUAAAAUUGUGCGAGCGACCGUAGCGAACGGUCUGUUGACGACGGUAUUUGCUAUCGUGGAAUUGUCACUUUAUGUCGGAAAGCCUAAUACGGGCUUGCAUAUAGGAUUUAGCUUCGUUCUGCCGAAGCUUUACUGCAACUCCGUUCUUUCCAGCCUAAACGCAAGGAAGUCUACUUCACCGUCGUCAACGGACAACACGUCGAGUCAUAUAUCAGGGCAACGUCCACUCCCUGCUACCGGGGGACAUUCGACUCGAAAUGAUGCACUCGUCAUCACGGUGAACACGGAACACCAUGAAAUGUAUGAUCUUAACAACUACAAUGGCAAAGGCAACUCGGAAUGGGACGACAGCGCGGAGGCUGGUUCGCACCGAACCAAACAGAUCGAAGUUUAAAUGCUUCCCUCGUUUGCUUCUCGUGCUCGCUCUUUUGCAUGCUUUUGACUUGUCAGUGAUUAGAGGGCUGCGAGUAUAAGUUUGCUCUGGUUCAUACCCUCUGGAUUAGAUGUUAUACCAAGGGG